UGGCGGCCGGGGCGGUCCCCGCCGCUCACCUGCGGAGCCGGUGCCCGUCCUCGUCCCCUCGUCCUCCUCACGGGGCGAGUUGCCACCUCUCGGGGUCGCGUGUCCUCCAACCGGACCGCCCCUCAGCUCAAUUCCCUUAGUUCGGCUGGGAAUUACCGAGCGCACCCGAAGUGCCCACCCGGGGGUUAGGAAUAGAAGGAAAAAAAGAGAAUUCUUGAGAACUACAAGAAAGCUUACAGCAGUUCGGGAUGGAUUGAUUCGUGAUUCCUUUGAUAUGUGAGAGCUACGUUUUGUGCUGCUGCUGCUGGACUUCAGCUGACUUUGUUGCAGCAAGCCCAACAGAUAGGCCCUAAUCGCUAGCAGAACAUAAACAAGUGUGAUGGUGAAAUGAGAUGAGGCUCCGAAAUGGAACUGUGGCCACCGUGUUAGUUUUCAUCACUACUUUCCUCAGUUUGUCCUGGUAUACUGCAUGGCAAAAUGGGAAAGAAAAGUUGAUUGCAUAUCAACGGGAAUUUCAUGCUUUGAAGGAACGUCUUCGUAUAGCUGAGCAUCGGACUCUGCAACGCUCUUCUGAGCUGAAUGCUAUCUUGGAGCAGUUCAGGCGUGCAGUAGCAGAAACAAAUGGAAGUAAGAAUGCACUGAAUAAUUUUUCAGAUGAGACACUGAAAUUGUUAAAAGAACUAACAAGUAAAAAAUCUCUUCAAGUGCCAAAUAUCUAUUACCAUUUGCCUCAUUUGUUGAAAAAUGAAGGAAGCCUUCAACCUUCUGUGCAGGUUGGCCUUGGAAGGACAGGAGUUUCCAUUGUAAUGGGAAUACCUACAGUGAAAAGAAAAGUCAAGUCUUAUCUUACAGAAACUCUCCACUCCCUUAUUGAUAAGCUGUCCCCCGAAGAAAAACUGGAUUGUGUUAUGGUUGUCUUUAUAGGAGAGACUGAUCUUGAUUAUGUUAACAAUGUUGUUGCAAGCCUGGAAAAAGAAUUUUCUACAGAGAUCAAUUCUGGCUUGGUGGAAGUAAUAGCCCCUCCUGCAUCUUACUAUCCUGACUUGUCAAACUUGAAAGAGACAUUUGGAGACUCAAAAGAGAGAGUGAGAUGGAGAACAAAGCAAAACUUGGAUUACUGUUUUCUCAUGAUGUAUGCCCAGAAGAAGGGAGUUUAUUACAUUCAGCUUGAAGACGACAUCGUUGUCAAGCAGAAUUAUUUCAGCACAAUAAAAAAUUUUGCGCUUCAGCUUGCUUCUGAAGAUUGGAUGAUUCUAGAAUUUUCUCAGCUGGGUUUCAUUGGUAAAAUGUUCCAGUCUCCAGAUAUCACUCUUAUUGUAGAGUUCAUAUUUAUGUUUUAUAAGGAGAAACCGAUUGAUUGGCUUCUGGACCAUAUCCUCUGGGUGAAAGUGUGCAACCCUGAGAAGGAUGCCAAACAUUGUGACCGACAGAAAUCAAACCUACGAAUACGGUUCAGGCCUUCUCUUUUCCAGCAUGUUGGCCUUCACUCCUCCCUGGCAGGGAAGAUCCAGAAACUUACAGAUAAAGACUUCCUGAAACCAUUGCUGCAUAAAAUCCACGUGAAUCCACCUGCAGAGGUUUCCACAUCUUUAAAAGUCUACCAAGGGCAUACACUAGAAAAAACCUAUGUAGGGGAAGAUUUUUUCUGGGCUGUCACACCGGUUGCUGGGGACUAUAUUCUAUUUAAAUUUGACAAGCCUGUCAAUGUAGAAAGGUACUUGUUUCACAGUGGCAAUCCAGAGCACCCAGGAGAUAUACUUCUAAACACAACUGUGGAAGUUCUGCCUUUUCAGAAUGAAGAAUUGGUAUUGAGCAAAGAAACCAAAGACAAACGCUUAGAGGAUGGUUACUUCAGGAUAGGGAAAUUUGAAAACGGCGUAGCUGAAGGAACAGUUGACCCCAGCCUAAACCCUGUUUCAUCAUUCCGGCUUUCAGUAAUACAAAAUUCAGCAGUAUGGGCGAUUCUGAAUGAGAUUCAUAUUAAAAAGAUUACAAACUGAUCAUCGAAUUCUCCUUUAGAGGAAAAAGAAAGAAUCCUUGAAAACUUUUCCUGUAAAAUCUGACAUCCUUAACAAGUCAUAAAUUGAAAAUACUGAGCAUGCACCUUAUCCCAAAUUUCUUUCAUUUUCACUUGAACUCUACCUCUUGUGAAAUCUACUGUAGAUGAGAAGAUUGUAUUUACCCCUUCUUAUCUGAUCCAUCCAGAAACUGAUGCUCCACACCGAUAUUGUUCAUCUGAGGCCUAGGUUGCCCUCCACUUUAAUGUGACUUUACCAUCUUAUGGUUGCAGAACCCUACUACACUUAAUCUGUACUAUUUGAUAGUAUAGUAAUAUAGAGAAGUUGUACAUAUUGUUACAUUCCUGGAAGAAGAAGAAAAAUAUAAUUAUUGUUAAAUAUGUUUUAUGAAGGGGGUACUUUCGGAGUUCCAUUUAUUUUCUAUAAUAAGAACCCUCUUUUAUAGAUUGUCAGGGAUAUAUAUUAAAAAUGUUAGGGAUAUUUAAUUUAUUAAAAUAAUUUGAAAAGUACAUAUUUUUAUGCAGUAAAAUUUUAAAUUGAUAUAGUUUUUUUUAUGAAUUCUCUAGUUUAAGUUAUCUUUCUACAUUUUUCUUUGGAGAUGCAAACAUAAAUUAAUACCAUAUUUCAAAUAUACUGCCAUGUUUAAAAAAAAAAUCUAGAUUAAGUUUCUAAAUUAUGUAGUUUUGUACACAGAAUCUGAAUUAUGUUCAGUGGCAUUAACAGAGUUCUGAAGAGCAUUAUUCUUUGGAGCUAUGAAUUUCCACUAUGUACAGUUUGUAGCCACAUGGAGAGCAUGUUGAAAUGUCUUAUUUCAUAUUAUGUACUAAAUCUGCAGUGAUUUUAGAUUUAAUCCAUUGCAUUUUAGAAGAAUUUUUCAAUUCCUAACUGUUCUUUCUUAAAAAAAAAAAAAAAAAAGAAGAGGAAAAAGAAAAAAAAAAAUUUAGACAUUUCCUAGCCUGGACAAAUUCAUUUUCUGUACUACAAAAAUCAGUCCCCAGCUUUCCUUGGAGUGACAGAGGUUAACCUCUUUAAAAAGAGUUAGUAGUAAUUAGAUAUAUUGAUCUACAGCAGUAUCCUCUUAAGCAGUUAUUGCAGUAUUUAUUUUAGAUACAUUACAGUGAAUAGUUCUGGUUUACUUUUAUUUUGUUCUAUUGUUCAAGAAUAAGGUUUCAGUUUGACUUUUUAUCGAUCAGUGUAAUAACUCGCACUAAUUUUACUAAGAACUGAAUUUGGCUGCAAGUUAGUACCCUGCCUUUUUGUUUCAAGGGAAACAACAGUGAUCUUGAAUCAGAAACUCCGUCAGGAACAUGAAAUGGUUUAGAUUAAAUCCAGAGUGGAUUUGUUGCAGUAUUAAUGCUGCCACUGUUCUUAAGAGUUUUUCUGUUAGGUGCUAAUGUGUAAAGGACACAGGCACAGGAAGAUUUAAGUUACCCAGUCAGAAAUGGUCGGGAAGGAAAGAGGCAGGAUCUCCUCUCUUCACUAGGAAUGAAGUGCCUGAUUGACACCGGAGCGGGGCUGCUGCCCUGGCUUGGGGAUUCUCAGCUGCUGUGAACCAGCCUCCUCGAGCUGACAUCUCGAAAGGUGGCACAGUUCUUGUGGGGUGGAGGAAUUCCCUUAUCCCCAACAGCGCCGUGGCCAGGGCACAGACAUGGAACACUGCUGUGGGGUCCCUAAACUAGGGCAGGGAUCUUGAAUUCGUGUCUCCAGCAGGAAUGUUCUUCUAAUGGAUUUGGUCUCUUUUUCAUGACCUAUUAAUAAGGAUUAGGAGCCUAAACCUGACUCUCCAGCAGUGCAAGCUGAGAGCUGUCACCACUGGGAUAUAGAGUCAACUUGCGUUUUCUUCUGCCUUCCUGGCUAAUUGUGUUGUACCUUAGACAGUUCAGCGGUAUUCAAGUUUGUAAGGUUUAUAAAGCUUAAUUACUUCUACAGACCAUACUUAUUUUUUUUUAGCUAUGUCAUCUGAGAACACAGAUAAGAUUUGUACACGGAAGUAAGAUCUUCUAUUUAGACUAACUUGUGUAAGUUGAAAAAAUAAGGAAGCUACUAGGCAGGCCUCAUUUACUUUUUUUCUGAUUAUAUUGGAUGCUAUAAAUAAAAUAUGGAAAGCUUGCCUUGCCCACAGAGACUGUGGACAAGCUAAGCACUGGCCUCAUACACAGAGUUUAUUCUUGGAGUAAGGAAGGUAAGGUAAUAAUCUCAGAAUCCUACCCGAAUCUAGCCUGGUAUGAUGCACAGCCCAGUUAGUUAUAUGCACAAUGGUAUUCCAUCAAAUUAUUACCAGUGGCUUUUUAUCACAGAUCAACUAGCAAAGGUCUAAGGAAGUAUUUGUUUUCUUCUCAGCUGUGCCUGGGAAUGAAUGAUGCAGACAAGGUAGGCUCUAGCUAUUUACUACAAUUUAGAUUGCAGAAGUACAUUAGAUACUGCAGUUUCUUAAAAUAAGUAGUUCUGUUGGUAGUGGCUUUCAUCUUUUUCUGUGAGUUCAUAAGUUUACUGGUACCAUUAAUCAAGGAUGCUGUGUGUACUCUCAAAGCAUCACCGUUCCUGAUGUUUCAUAGUAGUUAAGAUGAAUCAUUGAUAAUACACCUAAUCACACUGAACCCUUCCAGCACUGAUUGCAGAACUCUGGUGUUACCAUUAUAUUUAGAUCUCAAGAACACCAAGAUGAAAUUUAUCAAAAGCAACAAAUUAACUAGUGCUUGAUAAAGUAUGUUUGGUUGGUUUGGUUUUCAUAAAGGGUAUUGCAUUUUUAUUGCAUUGUACUAGAAGGAAUUGGAAAUACUCAGGGCUCCUUUGACACUUGCAAUGUUCUUGAGCAUAUGUACUAUUGAAAUAAUUGUGCCACAUUAAUACAAAUCAUGUUCCGUAGAUUCAGGUAAAUCAGGCUUGGUGUUUUCUGAAAGUUCUGCAAAUUUGCUUGGAAAUUAUCUCUACAGAUGGCUAUUCUGGGUUUUUAAACUUUCAAAUUCUAAUCCCCAAGUCAGUCUAGUGAAGUACAAGUCUCCUUCCUGGAAUUAUGCUUGAAAUAAGAAAGCUUCAGCUGUUUGGCUCAACAGUCACUAGCUUGGGUACUCUGUGACCAGAUUAUGCUCAGAAUGGGCUCAUCUGUUUUACAUAUGUCACAAGUUACAUUAUUACCGCAAGAAUUCCUCUCAGCAUCUUAAACCAAUUACCUGAUUUUGGGGGAGUUUUUUUCUAUAUUUAUUUAACUUCAAAUUACUUUUGUUUUGGUCUUAAAAAUCCCCAGUAGGUCAGUGAAUCUUAUGGUAAUCAAGUAAUAGAAAGCGUUUCAAAAUAAACUGCAUUAUCCUAUUAGCUCUUUCUGAUGUUGUUAAAGCCUCAGAAAAGAAGCCAAAGUUAUUACCCAAAACCUUCAUUUUCUGGACAAAUUAUUCUUAACUUCAUGUAUUAGAUGAUAAACAGACCAGCUGAUUACAACUCUGGCUUUUCUGAGCUGAUCAUGACUGCUCUGGACCAAGGAAAUACAAGUCGCAGUAUUAUCUUGCUUUGCUCGUUUGGUGGGUAGACUUACUGAAACCUUUGUAAAUAGUAAGAACAGGAUAUGAUCCCAAGUUAACACUUUAAAAACAAAACAACUGAAGAGUAUUUCUAAAACUCUGUAUAAGGCUUCAUGCUUUUGCAGACAUCUUAACCAUUUGUUGGCAUUGAUAGAAAAUAUUCCUAUAGGCACAUUUAUUUAAUUAAACAUUUAUUAAAUUAAAUGUUACUCAUGGACCAAUGACAGACUGGACUCCUGUUAUAUCACUGCUUUUCUAGCUCUUCCAAAAGAAACUUUUAAAUAUCUUGAGUCACUUAAGAGCAAAGCAAUUUAUACUUUGCCCAUAUGAUAUAUGAUUCCUUGAAUGGGCUGGAGUAUGAUUAGUCUUUGGCAAAACCAUAUGAAUUUGUAAUGUUUUUCUUUCAUUUUUUUUCAAAUAUAUAUCAUUUCAAUAAUGCUUGUUUUUUGUUGGAAAUGCUGCAAAUGAAAUAUUGUAGUAAUUUGUAGUUUGCUUCCAACUUGGCAAAACAUUAAUUUUCUAAAAAAGAAUCAGAGUUUUUCAAUCUUUACUCCCUUGAAAUAAAUCAACCUUUAGUUCUAUAUUCGUUCCUACCAGGUAGGAUGUGUUCUGAAAAAGCUAAGGCAAGUAACUGUAGUAGAAAUGGGAGAAAGCCCUACGUUUUAUAACAUCGUUACAAUCACCAGCAUAAUGCUGAAAGACUUGUAAGAAACUGGUGUUUUCAGGCUAGCAUCAAAUACUCAUUUAAACCCCCCCGCCCCAAAGACAUAAUGAAUUGUUCUUUGAGUGUUGCUUUUUUGACCUUGGUGUUCUCCUAAGGGUUUUUCUGAUUUCUGUUGUAAACAGUGAGCAGCUGCCCCUUCAGGAAGCUUAAUUUUGAGAUCUGAAGCCUUGUUUCAAGGGGACAAACUUUGAUCUCUCUAAAGGCAAGGUAUACAGGCCCUGAAUCCUCCAUUGAUUUCAAUGGUAUUGCACCGUAGGGAACUAAACAUGAAAAAUGUUCACAGUUGAACUUCCCUGAGUGGGUGAUCGCUGGUGCUAGGAUUCCUGUUAGGGAAUCCUGUACGGUUUAGGCUGUAGCUGCCUGCAGGACAGGAGCUCGUACUUUCAGCCAGGGUGGAUGGCGGUUGUGACUGGAGUCCUUAGCCUUCCUUGGAUCCGCGGUUCAGUGCUCUCCUUCUUAAGAGGGGAACUUUGCUCAGUGUCUGCUGGGAGGGGAACACAAUUCUCUUCAAGCCUUAAUAGUGGCUGAAACACACAGUACUGUAAGAUGCACUGCCAGCAUAUUUGGUAUUUUAAGGUAAAUGUGGUUUUUCCUUAGAGAUCAAGUUCUAGUACUGGAAUAUUAAGUCUUAGUGUAUCCAGUUUACUCUCGCAUUGUUUUUGAAACUGAAUCCUAGUACUCAUGUUUCAUAUUGAACACAAUCUUUGGAAAAUUGUCAUCUUCAUUUUCUGGAAGGUGUUGUUUGUGACGGUCAGUUUAUACUCCUGCCUUGUGGACUUCACAGCUGUAGGCAUUGCCAUAAGUCUGCGUGGCCAAAUUAACUUGGACUUUCCUUCCCUUUUCAUUAACACGCCACUCGUAAUAGUGGAUGUAAUAAUACCCAGUGGACUUCUUCAGAGUAGGUUUAAAAACUUGCUGCUAUAUUUGGAAACCUGAUAUGGGGUCAUGUUAAUUGUGCCUUUCAUCAAUGUUUCUUCUGUGUGCCAGCAUUGUCCAUGUAUAGUUGAAGUAAUCACGAAAAUAAAGUGAUCUAAAGUUCUUUCACAAAAGGAAAGGACGGUUCUAUACCUAGAGCUAGUUGUUGCUUUACCAUUGCAACACUAUUAGGAGUUCUACUUUCAUGCAAUCCCAAGGCAAGGUAUUCCAAUAUUCUUCUUAUAUAAAACUGCUCUUUGGUGUCAUUUGAAACCCUAGUAACGUAGAGCUUAUGCCAGUAUGUGUAAAAUAGCUGCAGUAAGAGUUAUGCUAAAUAGACUUGUUGCAGUUAAAUUUAAGUUACAGUGUACAAUUGUUUUUAGGAAUGUACUGCAAAAGUAUUUGAACAAAAUUGCUAACAUGUUUACUGUUGUAAAUAUUUUAAUAAAAAUGACACUUCAAACUUUUUUUUACACAAUUAUCUACAAUAAAGAGAAAUUUACAACCA